AUGAAGAUCCUACUUCUUUUUUCGGCUUUUGCCGUUGCUGUCAACGCCGUCCAAUGGAGUGAGCUUGAUUUCUAUAACAUGCUUCGUCGCGAUUUCGCCAAAAACAAUGCAAUUCCUGACAUGUGGAAGUUGACUUGGGACAAGAAGUUGGAGGUGCUUGCCAACAAAUUCGACUGCAAUGAUAAGGCUGUGAGGAAAAAUUACCGUUAUUUCUUGACAGAUGGAAGUCCACGCAAUGAGUCCAAAAUUGUCGACGCUGAUACGCUCAAUUGGAUGAUAGAGACUGAAAAGACAAACCCUGCUGAACUAACGAAUACGGUAAAGGAGUGGGAAAAGACGACAGCUCGAUUCUUCGAGUACGUCAACAAUAUCCAAACCAAGAUGGCUUGUGGUUUUCCUCUUCCCCACUGCAAGCGCAAUUUCGGCAUAAUGGGAGACAUUGUUUACAAACGUGUUUGUCUUUUCGGACCUCAUACCAAGCUCGGAUUCUACCCACCAGUCGACCAACACUCGGGAAAAAUCCCUGGAUCGCAAUGUGGGCCAAACGGAAAGAACGAUGAUGGACUCUGCGUUCCUAAGUGA